CAUUCCCCACACACACUAGAAUGCAUGCAACUUCCGGUAUGUCCCCAUAUUGACUACAUUUUACCCUUCCCCCACUUGAAUGCAUGCAUGUUCCUUGAUUGAGGUGCGGUACAAAACGCUAUUCUCACACACUCUCACUUUUGUGUCCCCACAUUGACCACGUUUUGCCCCUCCCCCACUUUAUCGGUUGCAUAUAACUUUGAUAUUGAUACCUCCUCUGUAAGAACGCCAUUUCGGGAAGUAGAUGCACGUGGAUGGCAGCGUUUUGCAUUCGGGUUGGAGUUCCUAAAAUGUAUUGGGUACAUCUGUAAUGAAGAAGAAAUAUUGGUCAGCUCAAAUGACAAGUGCCAACCUAGAGAGGUUUUCAAAACGCCUUGCAGUUUUGCGCCAGCAUCAUGCAAAGUGUGAAGUCAAGUAUAAUAACAUGAUGGCCAUGGAUGGCGGGGAUCUUUUCAGCAAAGCAGCAGAUUCAGUAGCAGCUGAUGUGCACAAUAUGGCCAUGGAUGGCGGGGAUCUUUUCAGCAAAGCAGCAGAUUCAGUAGCAGCUGAUGUGCACAAUAUGGUCAAGGAUGGCGGGGAUCUUUUCAGCAAAGCAGCAGAUUCAGUAGCAGCUGAUGUGCACAAUAUGGCCAUGGAUGGCGGGGAUCUUUUCAGCAAAGCAGCAGAUUCAGUAGCAGCUGAUGUGCACAAUAUGGUCAAGGAUGGCGGGGAUCUUUUCAGCAAAGCAGCAGAUUCAGUAGCAGCUGAUGUGCACAAUAUGGCCAUGGAUGGCGGGGAUCUUUUCAGCAAAGCAGCAGAUUCAGUAGCAGCUGAUGUGCACAAUAUGGUCAAGGAUGGCGGGGAUCUUUUCAGCAAAGCAGCAGAUUCAGUAGCAGCUGAUGUGCACAAUAUGGCCAUGGAUGGCGGGGAUCUUUUCAGCAAAGCAGCAGAUUCAGUAGCAGCUGAUGUGCACAAUAUGGUCAAGGAUGGCGGGGAUCUUUUCAGCAAAGCAGCAGAUUCAGUAGCAGCUGAUGUGCACAAUAUGGCCAUGGAUGGCGGGGAUCUUUUCAGCAAAGCAGCAGAUUCAGUAGCAGCUGAUGUGCACAAUCUGACCCCUGACAUGCUGGGGAUUCGCAAGUGUUUGCCAAGUGAUUCCCAAGUGUCCAGCAUCAGUGAAGAUGAAGACAUCAGUUGCAGUGAUGUUGAUUAUGUCCCUGAUUCACAGAGUACAUCAGAUGAUGAGCAAAGUGAUGAUGAACCUGCAAAGGUCAGACGUUCCGUUCCUUCUGUGGCCACUAGGACAUGUGCUAGCUCCAGCGAAAGCACACCUCAAGCAUUAACAGAUGAAUCAAUAGUGGUGAUGAGUGUACAGAAGAACACUGAUGGAUCAAGAGUCUAUAACAAAAAACACUUCUGCAUUUUUUGUUCGAAGCCUUAUUCUAAAAUUGCCAGACAUCUGGAACAUAAACACAAACAAGAAGCAGAAGUAGCUGCGGCUCUUAGAUUUCCAAAACAAUCAAAAUCAAGGAGAAUUCAACUUGAUUAUCUCCGUAAAAAAGGAGACCGGGCACACAACCUUGAUGUUAUGCGAGAAGGAUCUGGCACGGUUGUCCCUUGUAAGCAAUCAAGUAAGGCCGAUAUCAAGGCGCAAGAUUUUUCACAUUGUGCUGCUUGCCAAGGGCUGUUUAAGAAGCGAUUUCUAUGGAAACACAUGAAAACAUGCACCUUAGCACAGAGGUGUAGCCUACUGAAACCAGGCAGAAACAGAAUUCUCUCCCUUUGUGCUAAUGCCGAGCCUGUGCCCAAGACCAUCAGUGCUAAAUUAUGGAGACUCAUCAAUACGAUGACACAAGAUGAUGUGACCUUUGCAAUUAAGCAGGAUGAGUGCAUUAUAAGGCUGGGAGAACGAUUGUUGAACAAGAGUGCUGAUGACCUUUCAAAACAUGCAGAGAUCAGGCAAAAGAUGAGAGAGGUGGGAAGACUGCUUCUUGCUGGCAGAGAACUAUCAACAUUCCAGACAAUGAAGGACUUCAUUGACCCAUCCAACUUCCGCAAUGUCGUGGAGGCUGUGAGACGUGUAGCCCAUUAUGACGAGGACAGCAGCUCUUUCAAAAUACCAUCACUGCCUCUGAAAUUAGGCCACAGUCUACAAAAAAUAGCGGAAAAUGUGGAAGGUGAUGCGAUGAUUUCAGGGAAGAAAAAAGUAGCCCAGAAGGCCCACGAAUUCCAAAGACUAUACCGAACCUUUUGGAAUGAAAUGAUUUCUGCAUCUGCCUUAAGAACACUUGAAGAGGCUAAAUGGAACAAGCCAUUACUCAUACCCUUUACAGAAGAUGUGAAGAAGAUGCACCUACACAUGGAAAAGAAACAAAAGCAUGCCUAUCAACGGCUCAUGUCAGAGAAUUCAUCUAAAAAUUGGAGAGAACUAGCUAGUGUGACCCUUGCACAGCUGAUUCUGUUUAAUCGGAGAAGAGAGGGAGAAGUCUCGAAAAUGCGACUUUCAGCAUUUAAUGUAACCGAUGACCCUCUUCAUUCGGAUGUGGCAGAGGCUCUAACUGCUCUAGAGAAAAAACUCUACAGCCACUUCAAAAGAAUCGAGAUCCGAGGGAAAAGAGGCAGGAAAGUUCCCCUCCUGUUAACCCCAAAAAUGCAACAAUCCAUGGAGCUGCUUACGAAGACGCGCCUAUCCUGUGGCGUUCUGGAAGAGAAUGUGUUCUUCUUCGCUCGUCCAAGACAAGAGACAUACCUAAGAGGGCAUGCUUGCAUACAUCGUUUUGCAAGAGAAUGCAAAGCCAACCAUCCCGAACGCAUCCAGUCUACAAAGCUGCGUAAACACAUCGCCACUCUCUUAAAGAUUUUGAAUCUCAAUGAGUCUGAAAUGGACCAGGUCACCGAAUUCUUAGGGCAUAACCUCACCGUGCAUCGGAAGUUCUACCGUCUACCAGAGGGUACUCUUCAGCUCGCAAAACUCAGUAAAGUUUUCAUGGCAAUGGAGAGAGGGUCACUGAUGGAGUUUAAAGGAAAAAACCUCGACCAGAUUGAAAUAGAUCCAAAUGAAACCAUUCCAGAGGAGAACAGUGACCUUUCAGACACUGAACUGCUAGACUCUCCUCCUUCAGCUGGCAAAAAAUGCACAUCAAAAAGGAGGGUCCACAGGGACUACCAGUCCAGUGGUCAAGACUCAGUCCCCAAGAAAGGUGCAUCAAAAAAGGCCAACAGAGUCUCAAAGUCUGAUGACCAAGACUCAAGCCCCAAGAAAUGUUCAUCAAAGAAGAGGGUCCACAGAGUCUCUGACUCCAACGAUCAAAGCUCAGCCCCCAAGAAAGGUGCAUCAAAAAAGAAGGUCCACAGAGUCUCAUCAAAAAAGAAGGUCCACAGAGUCUCAAAGUCUGACGACCAAGACUCCAGCCCCAAGAAACGCACAUCAAAAAGGAGGGUCCACAGGGACUCUGACUCCAGUGAUCAAGAUGCAGCCCCCAAGAGAGGCACAUCAAAAAGGAGGGUCCACAGGGACUCUGACUCCAGUGAUCAAGAUGCAGCCCCCAAGAGAGGUACAUCAAAGAAGAGGGUCCACAGAGUCUCUGAGUCCGACGAUCAAAGCUCAACCCCCAAGAAAGCACGCCGCCAGAGAACUCCAUGGAGUACAGACGAAAUCUGUGCUGUGGAAAAGACUCUGAUGAAGUUCAUAAAAACCGGAAGAACACCUGGAAAGGCAGACUGCAUCUCAUGCAUCAAUGCAGCACCUGAAGCACUCAAGGCCCGUGACUGGAUGGCAGUUAAGUUCUACGUCAAGAAUCGCUGCGUGUCUGAUAACAGAACUGCAAAAAUCUUUUGAGACACGCAAUAGAGGAAAUUGGCUCAAGUCAUCCUUUAAAGCUCUUCAAAAUAUGCAACUUAGGAACCGAACUUCAUAUUUCAACAUGCAGUGGUAAUGCUCAGACUACCCUGGACUUGUCAGUCAGUACCUGAUUUUUUUUCUUCUUUUUCUUCAGCCUUUUCCGAGAUCCUGGUCAUUGAAAUGGGGGCAGGUGUUUGUUUACAUUUAAAAUAACCAAAUAUUUUCCCAAAAGGUAUCGCUGUUUGUUAGUUGUCUGCUGAUGUUUCAUAUCCUUUAGGGUGCUUUUGGGAAUAAAUCAAGAUGGAGUAAGCCCAUGUUAAGAAUUUUUAAAAUGUAAACAAAAUCUGUCCCCAUUCGAAUAGCUCAGAUCUCCGAAAGGGCUGAGCG